AUGUUUAUUUCAAGUCCAUCGCAAUCAGUUGCGAUGGACGGACCAGACGAGGGGGUUUUAGAUGUGGAUUUAUUAGCUGACGAUGGAUCAGAUGAAGAAUGCGAAGCCCCACCGUCUUCAGAUUUCUAUGUUGGUCCUGCUUCUACACCAACAUCAUGCGCGUCUUCGCCGCGGGGCGAAGAACCGGCCUCUCCGCUGGCUGUGGUUACACAGCCUGCAUUUUUUCACCACCAAGCAUACACACGCCCAUUUUUCACAUCAGGUAGAAGAGGCCCUGGUAGACCACGUAAGGAAGGCGCCAAAUUAGCUCGUGAAGGGAAGAUAGUAAGACGCUAUAGAAGUAAUGCAGGUUCAGUAAGGGGGGCUAAAAGACACCGUAGUAGUCGUGAUGAGGCUUUAGAUGAUAUGAUGGAUGAAGAUGACUUUACAAUGCCUGCACCUGAGGAGCCACCGUACACUCCAGAAAAAUGGCCAGGAAAAAAUUGUGCCUUAUGUAAUUUAAGUGAGCGUAGCCAACUCGGACAAGGAGAAAUGCGGCAGGUCACUUGUAAUAUUGAAGGUGAAGGAAGUACAACACCAAGUGUCACGAACUCAGGUGGUGCAACACCUACAAGUGUCACAACUCCUAGUACACCAACCUUACCUUUAUCUGCUGGCUUGACAUCUCCACCUCCCGAGCUAGUAGACUUUCAACAACAAGUUUUACCUCUGAGUAGAAGGCAAAAAGCAUUUAAUAAGUGCAAGACCCCACUGUAUAACAUGGAGCACACAGAUGAACUUUCAAUAAUUGGAUUUUCUGAAUCUUUGGAACUGCCUGCUGUUGUAACAUCGGGAAUGUUCUACUUACAUCGUUGUUGCCUUGAGUUUAGCCCACCAUUUCAAGAUCAAGUGGCCUCUGCAUGCAAUUCUGAAGAAGAUAAAGAGCAACUAGAAGAGGCAAGAGUGAAAGGGAUUGUUACUGUUGCUUUAGCUAGAAAAUGUGGUUUUUGUCAAAGAUAUGGUGCAAGCAUACCAUGCAAGAUGAGUUGUAGUAAAUAUUUUCAUCUGCCUUGUGUUCUUGCUUCGGGAGGCUUCAUGGAUUUUCAAACUAAAUCUUCUUUUUGCAAGGAUCAUUUAUACCAAGCACCACUUGUAUGUACUGCUGAUAUAGACUGUAGGACUUGUCGAACCAUCGGCGACAUGUCUAACCUCAUGACGUGCGUGACCUGCGGCGCGCACUACCAUGGCACUUGUGUGGGGCUCAAACAGCUUCCUGGCGUGCGCGCGGGCUGGUCGUGCCGCGCGUGCCGCGUGUGCCAGGUGUGCCGCGGCGAGGCGGCGGGCGGCGGCGGCGCGGGGGAGGCGCGCGCCGUGGCGUGCGAGCACUGCGACAAGCUGUACCACGCGACGUGCCUGCGCCCCGUGAUGGCCACGGUGCCCAAGUACGGGUGGAAGUGCAAGUGCUGCCGCGUGUGCUCGGACUGCGGCGCGCGCUCGCCCGGCGCGGGCCCGUCGUCGCGCUGGCACGCGCACUACACCGUGUGCGACUCGUGCUACCAGCAGCGCAACAAGGGCUCGUGCUGCCCGCUGUGCCGCCGCGCCUACCGCGCCGCCGCCUACCGCGACAUGAUACGCUGCUCCUCCUGUCGCAGGUAUGUACAUGGAAUGUGUGAUCCAGAUGCAGAACCUUUACAGUAUAGGCAAAAGAAAGAACAAAACCCGGCAUAUGAAUAUACCUGCCCUAUAUGUAAAGCAAAUAUGCAACUAACUGGAUCUAAAUCUGGUUCAUUUGAGGAUGACAAUAUGGCUUCAACCUCGCAAGAUUCCUCUUUUGGCGAUGAUAACACACAAGAUCAAGAUCCACUUGCUAUGGAGCCUAAGCCUGACGUCGGCCUUGGAAAGGGUAAACCUUUUACAGUAUCCUCAAAGGUGGCAAAAAAGAAAAUUGGUGGUUACAAACUUAAAGGCGCAUUUCCACCUGCUGGCAAACUGGGCUUCCAAAAGCGACAGAGAUCAGUUUUAGAUUUUGGUCGGAAGAGAGGGUCUAAACCAAAGAUGAGAGGGGUGUUUGGUGUCCCCGGCUUAGGUCUACAGAGACCGCAGGCUCCAGAUAAUAAAACUUCUGAAGAUGAUCCAGGAGUAGAAAAUAAAUUGGUACUGUGUUCAAGCAAAGAUAAAUUCGUACUUACCCAAGAUUUGUGCGUUAUGUGUGGCGCCAUCGGCACGGACUCGGAGGGCUGCCUCAUAGCGUGCUCGCAGUGCGGCCAGACUUAUCAUCCAUAUUGUGUUAGCAUUAAAGUGUCGCAAGUGAUCGUGAGCCUGGGCUGGCGCUGCCUGGACUGCACGGUGUGCGAGGGCUGCGGCUCGCGCAGCGACGAGCCGCUGCUGGUGCUGUGCGACGACUGCGACACGGCGUGGCACACGUACUGCGCGCGCCCCGCGCUGCCCGACGUGCCGCGCGGCGCCUGGCGCUGCCCGCGCUGCCGCCGCUGCCUCGUCUGCGGCACGCGCGACACGCCGCUCUGGUGCGACAACUACACCGAGUGCGCCCCGUGCGCGUCGCUGGUGAUGUGCUGCGUGUGCUCGGAGCCGUACUCGGACGGCGAGCUGAUCAUCCAGUGCACGGCGUGCUCGCGCUGGCUGCACGGCGCCUGCGACGCCAUCCGCGGCGAGGCCGACGCCGAGGCCUGCUGUCGGGCUGGCUACAAGUGCGUGGUGUGCCGCGGGCGCGACGUGCCGCCGCCGCACCUGGCGCGCGCCGUCGAGAGCGCGGCGCCGCGGCCGCGCCUCACGCCCGUGGCGCUGGGGCUGGGCGGCGAGUACUACGUGGACGACGUGUGCCUGUCGCAGCGCGGCGCGCACCACAUGAAGCAGCUCGAGGCCGAGAUGGGCAUCACGCACACGCGCCGCAAGCGACGCUUCAAGAAUGAAAACACCGAGAAGGAUGCGGAAAUAAUGGCAUCUAUUGAAACAGUGGUUCAGAAUGCAGAAGGGGAGCUGGGAGACGACUCCAAGCCCGAUAGCACCGCUGACGUCAAAGACGAACCCGGUCUAGCGACAAACACUAAUCUCAAAGAAGGCAUUCUCUGGAACGUCGCAAAUGAUGGACCAGUACCAGAAGGCUUUACAAUUUACACUACGGAUUCUGGCCUUACAGUACUUAGGAGAAAACGUCAGAGAAAUCUAAAUAAACUGGGAAUAGGAGGCUUUGUCGUACGACAAAGACAUUCUACUGCGAAAGCUCAGGCAGAUGAUGAAAAAGAUGUAGAUGGAUCACAAGGUUUUGGAGAAUCGCCAAGUAACAAACGGAAGCCACGUCGCAAACCGCGUUCUAAAUUGAUGGAACAAUUUCCUUCGUAUAUGCAAGAGGCCUUUUUUGGCAAAGAAUUGUUGGAGCCAUCUAAGCCUGCAGUUAGCUCUACCGGCUGUGUCGGCGCGGGCGCGGGCGCGGGCGGCGGUGAGGAGGCGCGCGGGGCCACGCCCGAGGGCUACCGCGAGCUGCGCGACCUCGACAACUCCGACAGCGACGCCGACGACGUGCUGGCCGCGCUCUCCGCCUUCAACGACCACGAUACAACCGUUUUUAUUACACUCAAUACGGAAGAAUCUGAACUACUCCAUUCGCUGAAGCCGAAGGAGGAAAAAGAUGAUGCCCAAAAUAUACUAACAGAUAGCACAAAGAUUAAGACAGAAGCAUCUGAUGAGGGUCAACUAAAGCAUACGGAGGAUUCUACAGCGUUAAAGAAUGCUAUAUUAGGCCCACAGACUAGCGAGACUGAAGUGACACCUGAGAAUGCACCGCACCCACCCAAAACUGAAAAUAUUAGUACUGACACCGGCGGGUCGUCGCAGGCGUCUACCAUCUCGCCUAAGGACGAGCUGUCGCUGCUGGGCGUGAGCCUGGACGCCAUGGUGCGCGACUCGCUGCCCGACAUGGACAGCAACGACGUGGACGAAAUAUUCAAGGGCGUGCUCACUGAUGACUCGCAGGAGUCGCAAGAGUCGUCAGUGUCAUACGUCAACUCUAUGGGAGGCACACCUUAUUCUCAGCAGCGUCAGCAGUUACAAAGCCCUAUGGACUAUGCAUCACCAUAUCACAAUGAAUUUGGUAGCAGCAGCGCACUGAGCCCGCUGUACGGCGAGUGCAACAGCGGCAGCAGCGGCAGCGGGCCCGGCGCGUGGAGCGAGCAGCCCGCGCCGCCGCCCUCCUACAACCAGCGCAGCGCCGACAAGAUGCGCGCGGACGAGAGCCUGGGCUCCGCGGCCACGAUAUCCGCCGUACUAUACGCCAACACGAACCACCCGGAGUGGAAGACUGAGUUCCCCAACUGGGUGGACCGCUGCAAGCAGAUCCUCAAGAAGUGGCGCGCGCUGCCCGCCGAGCAGAAGGCGCCCUACCUGCAGCGCGCGCGCGACAACCGCAGCGCCAUCCGCAUGAAGAAGGCCCAGCAGAGCUCGAGCGGCGCCGCCAGCGUCGACGCGGAGGGCGGGCGCUCCCCCGCGGGGGCGCCGCCCGGCCCCGCCGCGUCGCCCGCCGCCGCGCCGCCCUGCGCGCCCGCCCCCGCGCCCGCCCAGCCGCCCGCCCCCGCGGCGCCGCCCAGCGCGCCCGCCGCGCCCCCCGCGCCCCCCGCGCCGCCCGCGCCUCCCAGCGGAACGGUUCGCGCGCCCAACGUGACGGUGACGGCUGGCGGGCUCCUGGAGGCGGACGCGCACAUCCGCGUGCUCACCCCGUCCGAGAUCAUGCGCACGCUGCCGCGCCUCGCGCCUCCCCCCGCACACCCCGCACACACCCCGCACCCCGCCACGAACACGGAGCAGGAGCGCGCCUGCAGCCAGCAGCGCAGCGCGCGCGAGGCCGAGCAGGAGCGCCAGUGGAAGCAGCUGCAGCAGAUGCGCCAGCAGCAGACGCAGCAGCAGCAGCAGAUCAUACACGACCAGCGGAUACAAGAGCGUGUGUGUGUUCAAGCAGCGAUGCAGCGGCUACGCGGCGCGGAGGGCAGCCCGCCCGCCGCGCCGCCCGCGUCGCCCGCGCCGGACGCGCCGCGGCCGCCGCACCAGCCGCCCGCGCAGCGCUUCCCGCUCUUCGCCACCAACGAGGACAUCAACAGGCAGCUGCGCGACCUGCUGCAGCGACACCCCGACAAGAUGUGGCCGCCGCAGUCGUCGGAAGAAGGCGGGCGCGCGGGCGUGCCCGGCGAGGGCGCGUUCCGCUCGCCGCUGCCGGUGGCGCUGCGGCCGCGCGCCGCGCUGCCCUUCGCACAGGGACCGCACUUGCAUCGACCUGAACAUAUGAUAAUUCAACAUCGUCUUGUGAGUGCGGAGGGUGCUCAGAUGCAACAGAAUGUCAACAACUCUGCCAAUACACAGAUGAUGGAACAAAAGAUUGCCGUGUCGCAGGCGAAUGCAGCGAAUCCAGACAAGCAAGAUAGUGGUGCUGAUAAUGGUCAAGACGAAAUGGAUAUUGGAGAUAUGGACAAGCUUGAACAAGACACAGGAAAUAUUGGAGAGGUGGACAUCCUUACGGGGCUGGGCGGCGAGGACGACGAGGAGCUGCUGGAGUCGCUGACGGCGGAGAUCGGCGAGCAGUUCAACAUCCUGGAGUACGCCGACCCCGAGCUGGCGGCGCUGGGCGACGAGCACCUGCUGGACGGCCUCGACCUGCCCGACGACGUGCCCGAGCGCCUCGCGCCCGCCCGCCGCCACCACGAAGACGACUCUGAAACAAAGGGAGAUAACAAAAUGGAUAGUGAGCUGCAGAAAGCAGUUAAAAAUAUAGAAUCAAAUAAAUCUGAUGUAAAGGUUGAAAUGGUAGAAGUUAAGUCUGAAAAUCCUGAAACGAAAUCCGACGUGCCGACCACCGUCACGCAAAUGUUUCCUGAGAACAUCCAACGAGUUAUUUCACAAAAUCAACAAAUAGCCUUGCAGAACGCUAUGCAGGCAGUAAAAGCAGAGGUAAAAGCUGAGGCUGACGAUAACAAACCUGAAGGCGAAUGGCAGCGGCCCAUGUUUUCAAAUAUGUUCGGUCUCCAAUUGCAACAGACUCAAGGCGGCGUGCAAGCGGUGCGCGCCGGCCCGCAGCAAGCGCCCGGCGUGCGCCCGCAGGGGCAGUUCAUCAACCAACAUGUACAGUUUGCACAGGGCAGCCCGCAGAGCAUCGUGAACGCGAUGACGGCGCAGGUGACGGCGGCGCUGGCGGCGGGCCGCGCCAUCGCGCCCGGCACGCGCCUGCUGGGCGCGGACGGCGCCGUGGGCGUGGUGCGCCACGACCGCUCCGUCGCGCUCGCCGCGCUGCCGCACUCCGCUCGCAACAUGGUGGCAGGUGCCCGGCAACUGGCGCCGCCUCCACUGCGACAAGACACCCCUCUGGCGGUUACACCGCUUGCCGCGAACAGCGGCGGGGGCGUGGGCGCGGGCGCGCCGCGCAGCGCGCCGCCGCCGCCCUACCCGGGCCUGCGCGCGCCGCCGCCCUACCCGCAGAUGCAGGCGGUCGUGGAGGAUGUUAGGCGACGUGCUGGCGUGUUGUUGCAUGUGGGUGAUUGGUGGGAGCAGGCGCCCUUUGACGCGGACGCGUGGGGCGACUGGCUGCACCGCCGCCCGCUGCUGCUGCAGAACGUAAACCAGGAGCAACCGUUGCUUCUGGAGGAGCUGUUGGAGCAAGAGAAGCGAGAGCAGGAGCGGGAGGGAGGGGAGUGGGGAGGAUCUUCAGGAGCGGGGACGCUGGGGGCGGGCGGGCCGCCCGCGCCGCCACCGGCGCCCCCGCCGUCCGUGCCGCUGUUCACGGCGGCGCCCCCGCCCGCGCCGCCCGCGCCGCCCGAGCGCGCCGUCUCCGAGGCCGACCACCACGCGCGCCUGCUCUACGAACAGUGGCUCAAGCAAUACAACACUUUCGCCGCUGAUCAGUUGCGCUACUACGAGCAAGAGGUCCAGAAACUACGCAAGAUACGAAAGUCGCUGAAUAGCAAGCAGCGUCAGUUAAGAAAAUCUGGGAAUGAAUUAAUGCCCAACGAUGCAGCGGAACUGCAGCGGGUGUCGACCGAGCAGCAAGCACUCCAGAAACACUUGGAGGCUGCUAGAAAACAAGCCAGACAACACAGUAUGCUUAUUCAGGAAUACGAGACAAAACAACGACAACAAAAUCCACAACUUGCGCAACAGACUGUUAUUAAUCAACAACAAAUAACUAAUCAAACAGUUUUCGCUCAGAAUCAAAAUAUGAAUCAGUCACAACAAAUGCAACAACAAACUACUAUCAAUCGUCCAAUGCAAAUAGGAUUACAAGGUUCUACUAUACAGCAACAGACGCUUAUACGGACACAACAAACAGUCCUUGGUUCAGACGGUCAGCCAUUAUCACAACAAAGAAUAGGUCUAGUAACGUCACCUUUAAAUACACAAGGCAGGAUUUUGCAAGGUGGUCGUACUUUAGUUAUCGAACAAGCCGGGGCUCCGCAACAACAGCUGGUUCGUCAGUUGUCAGCAGUUCAAGAACGCCCACAGUCAGUUGGAGGCAUUGUACAAUUUAGCCAGCAACAAUUAGCAGGAGUCAGAAAUGCAAUGCCGACGGGAAACCAACAGCCUCGUCAACCGGGGUCACGGCCCGCGAUGUCCCCAUUACACAUCCAAUCUCCUCAUUCUCAAUCUCCACUCCAUUCUAUUGCGCCUCAAUCCCCUCUACACCCCAUGGCAUCUCCGAUGCAAUCUCCACUUCACUCGCAACAAUCUCCAUUGCAUCAUACAUCGCAGUCUCCACUGCAUCCCUCAACCCAGUCACCUCUGCACACGCAACAAUCGCCAAUGCAUUCUCAACAAUCACCAAUGCAUGUACAGCAAACAUCUAGUUUGCCGCAACAAAGCCCUAUGCAUCCUCAACAAAGUCCAAUGCAUCCACAACAGUCGCCUAUCCAUCAACAAUCGUCGAUGCAUCCGCAAAAUCAAAUGUCAACGCAGCAUUCACCGAUGCAUCCGCAACAAAGUCCCUUGCACCCGCAACAAAGUCCGAUGCACCCGCAACAAAGUCCGAUGCAUCCGCAACAAAGUCCGAUGCAUCCCCAACAAAGCCCUAUGCAUCCUCAGCAGAGCCCUAUGCAUCCACAGCAAAGUCCAAUGCAUCCACAGCAGAGUCCGAUGCACUCUCAACAGUCUCCGAUGCAUCUACAACAGUCCCCGAUGCACACGCAACAGUCGCCCAUGCAAUCGUCUAUGUCUCCGCAACAUUUCUUGCAACAGUUUCAAGCUCAAAGAACAAGUCCGCAGCUGCCUACUCCGAGUCGUAGUCCUCAGAUUUAUCAACAAUCACAAAUACAAAGUCCAGUUGCGUCUCAUUCACCACAGUUGCAGAAUAAUGACUAUUCAACGGGGAGAUUCUCACGUCCCGCUCCAGGAUGUUCCCCGUUACCUUCGCGAUUCGCUAGACCACCACAUCAUCAACAAGGUAUGCGGGUUGGUGUACCUUUUGUGGGACGUCAGCAGACUUCUCCGCUCGGUAGCCCUCAACCGCUGCCUUCGCCUGGAAAUACGACAAACGAAAUGACUCGACAGCAAAUACUACAAAGGCAACAGUAUAGUCCUAUGGGCGGGGCUCCCGCGUCGCCGUCGCUGUCGCGGUCGCCGCACGUGGCGCGCACGCCCACGCCCUGCGCGUCGCCCGCCGCGUCGCCCGCGCCGCACCACGACCACGGCGGCGGCGCGCACCACCACCACAUGGCACCCAUGCCGCCCGGCUAUAGAUACUUCAAGCCCGGCCUCUUCGGGGGUGCUCCGGUCUGGCCAAACAAAGAGGACGAUCGCCGACGAACGACCCAUCUCAAUAAAGUGUCCAUUUUGAAGAGACGUACUCCACCAAGACCAAGAUUCGCCGGAAAAACGGCUGCUACAGAACAUCGACAAGACGAAAUUAGUGAAAGAAUCGAUGCAAGGAAAUUUGUACUGUACUCUUCGGAUAGUAUCGAAUAUCCGAGCACUUCAGAUGAAUCUGCGAGAAUGAGUUUUAGUAAAGAUGAUGACGACAUACAAGAAUUUGAUGAACAUUUAGAUGAUGACGAUAUUGUGGUUGUCGAAGGUUCCGGAGCCAUCUCUCCAGAAGAGCGCAUUGCCACGGAGGAAGACUUUGAAGAAUUGAUUGACAGUGGAAAGCCAGAAGAUGAAGCUGAAGAAGAAAUGCCCCAAGAUAAAGGCACACGUACUGAAACUACGACAAAAACUGUCGCAGUAAUAAGCUUAGCACCGGCGAAACAGCCAAAUAGCAACAUGCAGCAAUAUAAAAUAGUAAAUCCGUCGCAAAGUUCAGCUCUUUCUCGCUUACCUGUUUUAAGUGCAGCAGUACUUGCACCUCAUACAAAUACGAAAAUUCUUAAUGAAGUUUCUCAAGCAACAGUAGCAUCAGUAUCUAUUGCAAAUCAAACCAUUUCGGUACCAGUUUUAAAGAAUCUUUCAGUUCCUAUAGCGAAUGUAACUGGACACGCUAGCGGUAUGUCAAAAUCGCAAAUCAAAAAAGUGCCGCUUAAUAUAAGUAACCCGCCAUUAGCUGUUAACAUGUCAUCGCAGUCACUAUCAAAGCCAAUCAGCUCUGUUAUAAGUGUUAUAUCUUCCAAUGUAGCCAAAAACGCUAGUAUAAAUCCUGUGAUUACACUUGCUACAUCAAACACGGUCGCCGGUGGGUCAAGAGUUCCUGUUUCUAUUUUAACACAUCAUCAAGUGAAACAAAAAAUAGUGAAAACUAUAGAAAAACCCAUGGCCUUAUCUUUAUCUAACACUAAAUCAUCGAGUUUAGCUGUUACUCACGACGUCACGUUACCAGCUAAGAUAUUUCAAGACGAAGCCGCCUCUCCCGAUAGUACUGUAACCUCUGAAAGUAAUUCCGAUUUACAAAACCCUUCUAGCUCGCAACAUUUGCUAUCAAUAACUUCACAAGACUCAAAGGAUCAAAAAUCUUCUCUUCUGAAGGAUACUAAAGAUAUAGACAUAGAAAGUGAAAUUAGUCAACAAACAGAACUUCCACAUACACUUUGCUUAACAGAUAGGACACCACUAUUAUUGGGUAAAGCGGAUAUUAAAAGUCCUGAUCCUAUACCUGAAAAAAUACCUGAUAAUAUUAUGGAGGGUGAUGACGAAGAUAAACCAGAAGAUAACCUGCAAAGUCAUUUGCUACUUUCGUACAGUAAAUCCAUGCAAGAACCACCUGUAGCGAGCACUCCGCCUACUGAAAGUACCUCGGAAGAGAACGUAGUAAAAACUAUAAAGGCGAUCGCAAACCAAACUAAGGAGAUGGUCAUAGAUUCAAACAUGCAAAUAACAUCUGAUAUAACCCAAGAAUCUGUUCAAAUAUCUAUACCUUCGCCGACUCCGUCUCAAGAGAGGUACCUUAAUGACAUUACUAUGCGAGAGCAUUCGGAAACAGUUGAAGGUAAUCCGAAGCAUGUGGAGUCCUUCGAAGAUAUGCUUUGUAUGCUUGAAAACAUCACUGAUGAUGCUAAACCAUUUGGUAUGAAACAACCAAAUCCUAAAACAACUAAUCCUCCAAAUCAAAACGUUAAUACUACGCCCAAAGCUGAGAAUAAAGAAAGUCAAGAGCAACCAACAUUUCCUGCCAGAGAGGCCGAUAGGCUUGCCUUACAAUCAGCAACAGUACCUCAAUUAUCACCUCUUUCCCAACCAUCGGAAUUAACUUCCAACAUGGCUAAUGUGUCACAACAACUACGUACAAUUAUGUCGUCGUUAAAUACUAACUCUUCUAAAGUAGAGUCCCAAUCCAUUAUAAGGAAAAAUAGUGAUGCUACGACACCAACUCAAGUUAACUUUGAAAGUUUGCUACCAUCUUCAAAGGUAGAAAUUGCUACGUCGCGGCCAUCACCCGUGCAAAGAAUAGAAAAACCUCAAGCACCGAUAUCCACUUCUGACACAGUUCCAAUGAGUGCAGCACAACUAAUUGGCACAAGAGUCAAUACACUUUCGUCAAUAGGGCAAAUAAGGAAAUCCCCUACAGUAUCGCCCAUCAGCUCACCUGUAGGAAUACAAAACAGUCUAAUGAAGUCUCCAGCACAAUCCCCUUUGAUUAACCAUCAAACGUUUAAUCCAAACGAUGAACCUCAAUGCUCUACAUCGAUCUCUUCUCAAAUAUUACAAAUGCCGGCGCUCUCCAAAAUUCAUAGUAACUCACCCGUAUCCACCUCGAUCAUGCAUUCAAAUAAUAUAACGACAACGAGCGUUAGUGGUUUCCAGAAAAAUCAGGCUUUACCGACCAGCAUUCUGGGGCAUACUCUACUUCAACCUACGAGACAAAUAAAUGCAACCAAUUUGCAAUUUAAUUCACAAAAUAUUAGUUCAAGUCAACCACCGGCUUUGGUAAUGACUUCAAGAACAAUUAUUGGCAACAAAGAGCCAGCUCCUAAUGUCACUGUGCGCACUCACAGUAUAGUGAGUCCUGGUAUUAGUCAAAUGCAAGCCAAACCUACGCAAUCGAUUAAUUUUAUAACAUCAUCUAAGCUUCUGCACACGCAAUUAACUUCCCCUUUGAAGAGAUCCAAAUCCACUGACGAACCCAAAAGUGAAAUAAUUGUUGGGCACAUCCAGCCUACAAAACGUCAUAGCGUAGAGUCAGUUAUCGUUAAAUCUGAACCUAUGGAAACCGAGGAAGCAAAUAAUACUUCAAUUACAACCAUUGACAAUGCGGGGAAUAAAAUUAUUCAGCAAAACGCUGCAAGUCAGAGGAGCCACGAUGAAUCACAAAACGUAUUAUUAAAGCAGCUUUUGCAGACAACAACUACAUCUUCAAAUGUAGUUCCGCAAAGAACAAUGACCAUACAACGGACUGCACCUGCCCUGGGAACUAUAUCGUCUUUAGAAGCGCAGCUUGCGAGGCCGUCUAUACCACCUCCUACAUUAGGACUGACACAAGAAGUAGAAUUACCUAAAAAUUCCCCAAGGCUUAUAACUACUGUAAGUUCUCCGUUCACUACUCGGCCAAUUCAAACCUCUAUACCUACUUCGUCUGUGUCACCUUUGAUUUACACUUCAACUCAAUCAUUAAUGGAUGUACGGAAACCUCCAAUGAAAUUACUCAGUAAAGAAGAAACUACACCAAUGCCAGAGUGCUCACCGACUAUGAAAACUUUGCCGACGUAUCCAAUGAACAUCGAUAAUCAACAGAUACAUCAAGCUAUCAAGAAAGAAGUAGCGCCACCACAGCAGAGUCCUAUCCAUCGUCCGUUUACACCACUGGACGUGAAAAAGGAACUUCUUGAUGAGAGUUCUCAGCAAUCGGCAACUUCGGGAGUUUCAACUGCAUCAGAUCAGGGUAAACUAGACCAGCCAAUGAAAGAAGAAUAUCCAGAAAGUGUGAACAUGGAUAAUAAUUCUGACAUCAAUCCUUCUGAAACGCCUUCAGAGGCUAAAAAAAGAAAACGUCGCGAAUAUCAACAAAAGAAGCGUAAACAGUUGCAACUGCAUAUGAAAGCUGCUGCUGAGAAUAGUAUGAAUCCGGUUAACCCCAAAAAGCGACUUCGAAAAGGAUCUCGAUAUGAAGAAGAUUAUGAUACCUUCAUUGACAACUUAAUGACACAACUACGGCUAUUGCCUCCUAUGCAGAUUCAAGAACCCGCACUGACCACUAACUUUGCAGUGUGCCCUCUCUUUGGGUCAGGUGAUCUAACUAAACUUAAAAAUAAAGAUUAUGAUAUUCUUAAAGGGGACUUAACUGGAGAGUUUGGUAAUGCCAAAAUUCCUAAUGUCGCUGACUAUUAUAAUACUAAACCGUUCGGUGAUGAGGAACCAUUACCUGAAAAAUCGACGACUACGACCCAGAGAGGUUUUUACGAUCAAGAAUUUCAACCUAUUGUAUAUGAGGAAGACCCAGAUGAUAAGAAACUUGAUUUUAUUUGCAAAGAGAGAGAUACUGAUACUCCGGACACUAUUGUUAGUUGCUCUAGCCCAGAAGGAUAUGACAUUGAACUCGAUGAUAGAUUUCCAUAUCUUAAACCUAUCGAUGACGAAGACGAUGAAGAAGAUGAGGAAGCAUCACUUUCUGGCCGAGUUUCGCCUAUUAUACCACUAAUCGCACCUAUACCCUUAAGAGUUAAACCGUUGUCAUUAUAUCAAAUUAAAGACGAAGAAGACAAUCAAAAAUCGCUUAAAUGCUCGGAUACCUAUGCUCCUGUUAAGACUAAAAUGGAAGAUUCACCUAGCAGUACCGAGAGCAAUGAAAAUGUUACUGUUACUCUUACUUUGACUUCUGGUGCUGCAGAAGAUAUUCUCGGAGUAUUAAAAGAACUGGCUGGUAUACUGCACAUACCACCACCUACGUCCUAUCAAAUUAUAGAGCGGACGGCUACACCGCCGUCACAUAAACUUGGGUUAUACAGAUCUAAAGGUAAAGACGGUAAAGAAGGAACACCGAUUGAUAUACAAAGCAUCCUUAAUGGAGCCGCUAAAUUCUGUCGACACUGCGAUGUAGUAAUUUUAGAUUCCGUAGUAAGGGCGAAAGCCUCGGAAUUCCCUCUAUUAUCGGCCAACAAAGGGAAUGCCGAGGAAAUUUUAUGUGAUAGUGAUUCAGAACUAUUUUUCUGUAGCACUCAAUGCUAUGAAAGAUUUGCAUGGCGUCCAACAAAUAUAAUAUUAGAUGGAAAAUCAAAAACUGCCCUCAAGGAAGAUAGCAAAUCAGAUAUUGAAACAAAUCUAUCAAAAGACAGAGAUGAUUUUGACACUGCGUCGACGGAAAGCAUGGAAACGGAUGAUCUAGAUAUAAAACCAGAUAUUAAAGAUGAAAAAAUGGACUUAUCUUUUAUCGAUUCAUUAGACAACGACGAGUUAAUGAAAGAAGUCGGUGACGAUGUAAGUGCACUCGACGAAGACCUAAAGGGUAUGGAGCCAGAUGAAAAAAGUAAUCAAAGUAUGGAAAAGGAGAAGUACCGGGGUAUCCGGUAUAAGUCCUGGUCUCCCGGUUGUAUUGGACCUCCCAUCAAGUAUAAGCGUCCAACAGACCGUGAGCUAACAGAGCUCGUUUUUCGUACUGGCGUAGCUAUAAUGCCCGUGACCAAUGAAGAUACUCGUAAAUGUGAACUAUGCGGUAUUCAAGGGGACGGCGUCGCUGACGGCGUGUCGAGGCUGUUGAACUGCGACGUAGAUAGAUGGGUGCACCUCAACUGCGCCCUGUGGUCUGAAGGCGUGUACGAAACCGUGAGUGGCGCACUCAUGAAUGUAGACUCGGCCCUAGGAGCUGGUUCUAAUGCUACUUGCGCAGUUUGUCGCAGACUGGGAGCCACCGUAAGGUGCUUCAAAGUUCGAUGUGGCAGCGUUUACCAUCUGGGAUGUGCUGUGAAGGAUAACUGCGUAUUUUACAAGAAUAAAUCUGCAUUUUGCGCUUCUCAUGCGCCGAAGAACGAGAAAGAUAACGAGCUGACGACGCUGAGCGUGGGACGGCGCGUGUACGUGUGCCGCGACGAGCAGCGGCAGGUGGCGUCCGUGAUGCUGCACUGCGACACCAACCACCUCAUCCGCGUCGGCGGCCUCAUCUUCCUCAGCCCCGGCCACCUGCUGCCGCACCAGCUCGCCGCCUUCCACACGCCCAACUACAUAUACCCUAUCGGAUAUAAGAUUGUGCGGUUCUACUGGUCGAUGCGGCGCGCCAACAGCCGCUGCCGCUACGUGUGCUGGAUCUCGGAGGACGAGGGCCGCCCGCGCUUCCACGUGCGCGUGCAGGACGACUCGCUGCACGAGAUGAGCGCGCCCACGCCGCGCGCCGCCUGGGCCAAGGUGCUAGAUGCAGUAGCCGCAUUAAGAGAAGGAAGGGGUGAAGAGGGCGUUUUGAAAUUAUGGCCAAAUUACGUGACAGGCGAGGAUCUCUUCGGACUCACCGAGCCUGCCGUCGUCAGAGUACUUGAAAGCUUGCCAGGCAUCGAGACGCUGACGGACUACCGGUUCAAGUUCGGGCGGUCGGCGCUGCUGGAGGGCGGGCUGGCCGUGAACCCGUCGGGCUGCGCGCGCUGCGAGGCGCGCGGCGCGCGCGCGUGGCGGCGGCCGGCGCGCAGCCUGCAGCCCGCGCCGCCCGCGCCGCCCGACGCCGCGCUGUCGCCGCACGCGCACCCCGCGCACCCCGCCUGCCCCUACUCCAAGCAGUUCGUGCACACCAAGAGCAGCCAGUACAAGAAGAUGAAGCUCGAGUGGCGCAACAACGUCUACCUCGCCAGGUCUAAAAUCCAAGGACUGGGACUGUACGCCGCCCGGGACCUGGAGAAGCACACAAUGGUCAUAGAGUACAUCGGCGAAAUCAUUCGUUCCGAACUCUCUGAAAUCCGCGAGAAACAAUACGAAGCUAAGAACCGCGGCAUCUACAUGUUCCGGCUGGACGAGCGGCGCGUGGUGGACGCCACGCUGAGCGGCGGGCUGGCGCGCUACAUCAACCACUCGUGCCAGCCCAACUGCGUGGCCGAGACCGUGGAGGUGGACCGCCAGCUGCGCAUCAUCAUCUUCGCGCGCCGCCGCAUCGCGCGCGGCGAGGAGUUGGCAUACGACUACAAAUUCGACAUUGAAGACGACGCGCACAAGAUAAUGUGCAUGUGCGGAGCGCCCAACUGCCGCAAGUGGAUGAAC